GAAUUUAGCAAUGAACAGGAUUUUGAUAACGACCAGAAUUUCAGCAACGAACAGGGUUUUGAUAAUGAAAAGGGUUCUAAUAACAGACAGGGUUUUGAUAACAAACAGGAUUCUAGCAAUAAACAGAAUUCUGAUGACAAAUGGGACUCAGAUUUUUUGAGCAAAAGCAUUCAAGAUCCAGAAAAUCCAUCUACU